AUGUCAAUAAAUCUUCUCAUCAUAUUAUUAUAUCCAUUCAUUACGGCUGUAUAUGCCAAUACCGAAAAGGCAAUCUUCUUAGGACCACCCAAAGCUACUAUCCCCUUUUCACAUCCCACCCUGGCCGACUUACACGUCGAUGCCCUCACACCUACUAAUGGGGCGAUACGAACCCAUGUCGAGGCCCAAUUUCCCACUGCCUCGUCGCCGCAUGGCAAAGCUACUUGGCUCAUUCUAGAUAACCUGACUGAGGGGGAGCGGUACGAAGUGAGAGUCUGCUGGGCUGCAACUCAACCUACCGAGUUCAAAGUCGCUACCUAUGAAUCCCAAGCCCUCCUAGAUGCACCAGAACUAUUAUCCGAAUUGUUAGAGUAUUCACAGUCCCGCAAGUCGGCUGAUAGUUCUGAAUCUCAAUCUAGGUCCAUGGGAGAUACCCAGGAGCUAAGAUCUGAGAAAGAGACGUCUGUCCUGUUCCUCCAGAUUCUAGCAGCAGCAGAUUACUACACAAUGAACAACACGCUGAUGAGAAAUGUCCCGCCGGUUCAUGUGGACAUCAUCCUCGAUCCCUUCGUCUUGGGUUUACUUCCUCAUUCACUGUUGCCAACCGUGGGCUAUAUUAUCGUAGUAGCCAUCGCAUCGUGGUUUAUCGCACGAUAUGUCUCAAUACGGAUUCGCAACCUAGCAGCAGAAACAACUCCUGAGAAGAAAAUUCAGUGAAGCGGUAAAGGGUAGAGGCUUUAGUCAUAACCUCUGUUAUUUGCCUUCUAUAUCCAAACGAGAGCAUCACCUAAUCCUAAUUAUCAUAACUCGUAAUACGCGUUCGCGGUAGUGCUCUAAUUACAUCCCCAAGCGAGCAUGAUCGCAGCAUCGUCUUCGUCUUGACCGUAACUUAAUUUAUGUUAUAAACCACCAUGGACCAAUGACAAAGUGGGAUUUCUCUUAGCAUAAUGAAUAUGGAAAUUUUCCAAAGGUCGAAUAAACUCGACGGUCUAUUAUAAAUAUGCCUGAAAAUUUGCC